AUUUCUAGUCAGUCUGCCAUUGGCCGUCGUACGGAGUGCUCAGUAUGAAGCUAAUAAUAGCCUUGUUUAUGUUAAUUGUUCUCAUUCAAUACACAGAAAGCCGACACUUCGGAUGGUUCCCGCAAAAUCUUGUCGAAACGUUCACGAACAAGACAGCACAAAUAAGCAACUACGUGCGCACGAAAGGACGGAGUCUGAAACAAUUUUAUGUACAAAAUGUAAGAAAUAAAAUAACAUCGUACUUCGGUUAUAACAGCAGUUCACCUGACGGCGGCGGCGGUCCUACGAGAAUUAAAAAAGGAUUUGGAGAUUAUGUCGGCGAAGCGCAGGUGAAGAAUCAGAAGGUUUUUGAUGCGAUAGCUCCAGAGAAAAUUGAAUAUAUGUGCAAUAAUGACGAUCCGAGCAUCCACAUGGCAACGCCGCAGCUGAUAGCGUCUCACGGAUACGUCUCAGAAUCCCACACAAUUGUCACAGAAGAUGGAUACAUUCUCACAGUUCAUAGGAUACCAUAUUCAAGAAAUGUUUCCAACAGGGAGGUCCCCCGUAAGACAGUGUUGCUGCAUCAUGGUUUGCUCGGCAGUUCGGCUGAUUGGAUCAUGGCGGGACCGGAAAAGGGGCUCGGUUAUAUACUAUCAGACGCAGGAUAUGAUGUAUGGCUUGCUAAUGUUAGAGGAAAUACAUAUUCAAGAGCCCACAUCACAUUGAAACCCGAUUCCUUUGAAUUUUGGAAUUUCACGUUUCACGAAGUUAGUCAACACGAUUUGCCGGCUGUCAUAGAUUAUAUAAUGGAAGUUAAAGGAUGGGACGUCAAGAUAAAUUAUAUCGGUCACUCCAUGGGAACGACUAUUCUGUUCGCUUUGUUAUCAACAAAGACUCAUUACAACAAAGUUCUGAGAGCAGGUUUCGCGUUAGCUCCUGUCGCUUUUAUGACCGAUAUUAGGAGCCCUAUUCGUCUCCUUGCAAAAUACAGUGAUAAUCUAGAAUAUUUAUUAAAACUUCUCGGUACUAAUGAAUUUUUACCACAAAAUUCUGUAUUACGAUGGUUAUCGAAACACGCGUGUGAAAUAAAUCAUUACGAGGAAGCGAUUUGUGAGAAUUCCCUAUUCAUUUUGUGUGGUCACGACGAACAGCAGUUCAAUCGAAGUCUAUUACCAAUAAUAUUGGGCCAUGUGCCGGCCGGGGCUUCAACUAAGACCUUAGUUCAUUAUGCCCAAGAGAUAAGAAACGCGGGGAGAUUUCAACAAUUCGAUUACGGUCCCGAGGGGAAUUUGAAAGAGUAUGGAAGCUUCGAUCCUCCACAAUAUCCUCUGCAUAAAAUAACCCUACCUAUUGCUCUAUUCGGAUCCGAAAAUGAUUGGCUGGCGAGCGAUGUGGACGUAACGAAUUUAUAUGUUCAGCUGGCCAAUCCAAUAGAUCAUUACAUUGUGCCGUUAAAAACAUUCAACCACAUCGACUUCUUGUGGGCUAAAGACGCGAAGAAAUUGGUCUUCGACAAACUCUUACAAAUGUUAGAGGAGGGUGUUAGUAGAACGCAUUUUGAGUCGGACUUUUCUAUUAAUAAUAUAUAAUAUUAAAAUAGACCAAGUCUUUUAAUAUAAACAAUAUAAGUAAAAAUAUGUAUGUGAUAUUUCUAUUAAGUACUAACUUCAUUUAAAUUCCCGUCAUGCAUUAUAAGUUUACUUUAUUAAAUAGUGUGUAGAAACAUGGGUUAUCUUAAAAUAUUUUUUUAAUUAUAAAAGAUAGAAUAUGAUAAAGUAAUUUUAUUUAAAUUAAAUAACUUAUACGAUAUCCACAAUAACUGUUAUUCCGUCAUUACUAUCUACAAGUAUACAAAAACACUACAUACGACUAAUUAUAAUUUUAUCAAGAGUUCAGGGUCACAAACAAAUAUACGUAUAUAGUAGGUACUCCUCAAUUUUAUCCUCUUUCCUUAUACUAUAGAUCCUAACUGCGUAACUAUAGUAAAAUGCCACAGUUUGCAUAGCCACGGAUGUCUUUAACUCUUAAGUGCAAAGAAAUUAAGGAUCUUUUAAUUUCUAACUCCGCUCCGAGCGCGUAGAGGUUAAACAUAAAAAAUUAAUUAAUAUGUCAAAUUAGGACAUUUUUUUCUUUUAUGAUUUAAUAUAAGAGCAUUUAUCUAUUUAAAUAUUAUUAUGUUGAACGUAAGAAUUGUUUGUAACAAUUAAUAAACAAUUCACCAAUGUCAA